UUCCCCUUGAAGCUUCCACCUGAGCCAGCAUUUGAUUAAGGUGCUGUCUUACCGGCAUUUAGUGGAUCUCCUGCUAGGCCCUGGCGGUCCGACGUUUCCCCAGCACAAGGGUUCACCGGGCGGCACUUGUCAGGUACAGGUACUUAUUGACAGCUAGAGGUACAUACCUUCGGAGGUCUAGUCUAAAAAAUACCGUCAUAAUUCAGCCUUGCAGCUAAGCUCUUUGAUAUUUUCAUCCAUUUGCAGCCUUCCCAAGCUACCUCCUAUAUCUUCAUCAAUAGUCACAAUUCCCGAUAAUCCUACGAGCUAGUAGAGCAAGGACUAAGAACCUGCUUGGUAGGGAAAGAUGAAUCAAAUACGCGCCAUUCAAGCGCUCAACAAGCGCGAGAUCGAAAACGGAGUACCUCCGGAAGCCUCCUGGCACACCGACUACCGCGACACCGCCUUCGUCAACUUCGGCGGCUUGCCGUACGAACUGUCGGAGGGCGACAUCAUCACCAUAUUCUCGCAAUUCGGGGAGCCCGUGUUCCUGAAGUUGGCGCGUGACAAGGAAACCGGGAAGAGCAAAGGGUUCGGCUGGCUCAAAUACGAGGACCAGCGCAGCACGGACUUGGCCGUGGACAACUUAGGCGGAGCUGAAAUCAACGGGCGGCUUGUGAGAGUCGACCACGCGCGCUACAAGCCCCGCGACGAUGAGGACCCGGAGGAGUUCAAGGUCGCGUGGGAGGAUAUUGUGAGGCGCGAGAAGGCGGCGAACGGAGAAGAUGUGGAGAUGGAAGAGAGUAGUGAAGAGGAGGAGAGACGCCCGAUGAUUAGGGAGGAGAGGGAGUUGGCGAAGCUGAUUGAGGAGCAUGAUGAGGAUGAUCCUAUGAAGGGCUUUUUGAUCGAGGAGAAAAAGAAGGAAGUUGAACGGGCGUUAAGGAAAGAAGGGGAGCGGAAAGAGAGGAAGGACAAGAAAGAGAAGCACCGGCAUCAUCACGGCCAUCGAUCUAAGAGGGAUGAUAGGACUAGAGAUAGCGACGACCGCGAUCGUCAUAGGAGGUCCAGACGCGAUGAAACGCCUGUCGCCAAGGAAAGAGUGAGGAGGGACGAGACUUCGGUUGCGAAAGACCGGGCUAGUCGAGAUCGCGACGAAACCCCUCCAAGACGGAGAGACGAUUCUACGGACCGCGUACGCAGGAAGCGGGACGAUGAUGGUGAUGAACGUCGCGAUAGGGAGCGAAGGAGACAUCGGGAUGAUAGGGAUGAUAGAGACAGACACUCCAAGCGCUCUCGCCGCUAUGACGACGAAGAUGGAGGUCAAAGCAGAGACAAGGAUAGAGAUCGCAGAAGCAGACGGAGAAGUAGAAGCAGAUCUCCACGUUCAUAUAGAGACUGACGAGAACUGCCUAAUCGCUAAUAAAGAUACCCCCCAUUUAAAGCCAACGCUGUAUACUUAAGAUGACCUCGCCAGCACAUAUCCUAGUGCAAAGUGAUUUAAGACGCCCGCCGACCAUUUAAACGCCAACCCCCCGA